AUGCAUUCUCCUACUUCUGCUCACUUAGUUGCAGCUAAAAGAGUUCUAAGGUAUAUCAAGGGUACUUUGGAUCAUGGUCUUUACUUCACAAAGGGUUUCACUACUCUUCAAGGGUUUACAGAUGCAGAUUGGGAUGGUAGUCCUUCCGAUAGGAAAUCCAUUAGUGGAUACUGCAUUUUCUUUGGUGAUAAUCCAGUCAGUUGGUCAGCCAAGAAACAACCAACAGUCUCAAGGUCUUCUACUGAAGCAGAGUAUAGAUCUCUGGCUUCCACAACAGCUGGGGUUACUUAUAUUGCCUCCAUAGACCAAGCUGCGGAUAUCUUCACCAAAGGCCUUGCUGCUCCCAGAUUUGAGUUUCUGAAGACCAAGUUGAAGGUUUUACCACCACUUCAACUUGCGGGAGGGUAG